GCUGUUUGGUGGAGGGUGAGUCACCCAGGGGUGGGGUUACCCAGAUCUCCCUCUUUUUCUCCUUCCUUCCUCCUCUUUCACGUUCUGUCUAUCAGCUCAGGAGGGUCCGGAUCCCCCAUCACAGCAACAGGUAACUCUCAGCCUGGGGCCACCGGCGCAGGACUCCCAGUGCCAGCUAGCCGGGCAGGGAGGGGUUAAUCAGGGUGCCUGGCACAGCCUGGGGGGAGUUCCCCCACCCCCUCACUGCAAACUUAGAAUUCCUCUCCCCCAGAGUAACAUUGUAACAUCUGGUCCCCCUCCCUGUCUGUGAGUGUCAGAGCUGGGGAUACAAAGUAUCCGGGGGGGGGGGGGCACAGUGGGGUCACUCAGGAAGUAUAAUAACCCCGCUGGUUUAGAGGAUUAGGCGUGCUGCUGGUACCCUGGGCUGGGGCUGAUGGGGUAAGAGGACUAGGGUGGCUGGGGGUUGUUGGUACCCUGGGCUGGGGUAGGUGGGGUAAGAGUACUAGGAGGGAUGGGGGUACCUUGUACUGGGUUAGGAGGACCAGGAGGGCAGGGUGCUGUUGGGACCUUGAGCAGGGGUAGAAGGACUGGGGGCUGUUGGUACCUUGAGCAGGGGUAGAUGGGGUAAAAGGACUGGGGGCUGUUGGUACCUUGAGCAGGGGUAGAUGGGGUAAAAGGACUGGGGGCUGUUGGUACCUUGAGCAGGGGUAGAUGGGGUAGAAGGACUGGGUGCUGUUGGAUCACACUGGGAGCUGAAAUCUGUAAUCAGUGGAUUUGAAGGGAGCUCUGCGCCGGGCCCUGUGAUUAGAGUUGGGGUGAAAGUCCAGGGGCACUGGGUUUCAAUGCAUCUGGAGAGGGCACUGGGUAUUAAUGCAUGGGGGGGGCACUGGGUAUUAAUGCAUGGGGGGGGGUACUGGGUAUUAAUCCAUCUGGGUGGAGGGCAUUGGUCUGUGUACACUGUGUAUGUGCGGGGGUAUUUGGGGCUGAUUGUUUGUUUAUAUUAUUUUUUUUACUCUAACUUAUUUCUCACCAAGCUGUACAUUGUGACCAAGUAUUAGAGGAAUUGUGAAGGUUAUAAAGUUCUGACACUGUACAGCCAGGGCCUAAAUCCUACAUUCUCCUUGUUAAUUCCCCACCAUUCCCAGUGUGAGUGAGUGACAGCGAAGCCCAGAGAGGGAGGAUGCACUCAGGUGUCUCUAUGUAGGUGAGAGGUGAGUGCAGGUGACAUGACGGAGUAGGGUGUGUUUGGGAGGGUACUGAGCUAUGCUCCAAAUACUUCAUCCUCUUAACCCUUCCAGUGGCCCUGCCGGAAGUUACAGUAUCCGCUUGGUAAGCUGAUAGAAAUAUGUUUUUAUUAACAUUUGUGGGGUUUGUAGGGAAGCCCCCCGUUUCAGUGAGACGGUGUAUUUAUAGGUUUCAUGUGACGCGUCCCAUGUCACAGUGGAGUGAGUUUUCUUGGAGGCGUUCUGGCUGGGUUGUGAUGUGAGGUCUCAUGGUUUAUGAUGUCACAAUAUCCUGCCCCCCACACACCCAGGGCUGGCACAUGCCCAGAGCCCAGUCCGCCUGUUCAUAUAGUCAUGUUAUGGGUCUCACAAGGUCAGAUGUUUGGAAACGCUUAGUCGCUCUUUCCACCUCAUCUCCCCAAUCUCUCGCCUCCUGCCAAUGUCACAAUCCACCGCUGACCCAAGGGCUGGCUUUCUGCUAAUGUUUUACCUUUUCUAGGGUACUGAUUGACUUCCUUGUGCGUUGUAAUCACUUCUAGGUUUUAGUUAUUUGUUUUACCUCCUGUAAAAAAACAUGCUUUCAAUUAAAUUCUUUACAAAUAUUUUUUUUGUUGUAAUUUUUAAUUUUUGUUAUAUUUUUCCAUGUGUACCCUGUAAGCGCUGAUGUGCACAAAAUGCAAAGCACAGAUUUGUGACUACAAAUAAAAGCUUAUUUUAGACCAAAAUAUUACCAUGAAAGCUUUUUUUACAAUUUUUUAUUUUUUUGGGGGAAGAAAAACACAAAUUUCUCUCAAUCUGCACUUUGGUGAAUUAGCGUGUCUGUUUUAUGAAGAAUGUAAUGCUACAACAUUAAAAGUCAGGGAUUUUCCUCUUGAAAGAUAAUUAUUAAACUUCCUCAUUUUGGUUAAAUUCAUAGUGUUUCCCCCACGGUUAAUGUUUUUACCUAAAUUCUUUUUUUCUUUCUUCUUCUUAAGGCUCUAAUUAAUAAACUCCCAGAUUUGAAUUCAGUAACUAUGAGCAGCUGUUAGUACAGUUACCUUUUCAUGUGAGAUCAGAUCUGUAUUUUUGUAUCAAUGGACUGUAUAAUAAUAAUAAAAAUAAUAAUAAUAAUAAUCCAUAGGUUUACUUUCCUGGAGAAUGGGGCAGGUUGUAGUCACUAACUGUACAGAGAGCGUGAGGGGUAUUAGCUGCUGGGAGAGCGGGGCAGGGGGCAAUAUCACUAAUUGUACAGAGAGCGUAAGGGGUAUUAGCUGCUGGGAGAGCGGGGCAGGGGGCAAUAUCACUAAUUGUACAGAGAGCGUGAGGGGUAUUAGCUGCUGGUGGGUAAGUGGCAGUGUCACUAACUGUACUGAGCGUGUCGGGGGGGUAUUAGCUGUGGGUGAUUGGCAGUGUCACUGCACAGGGCGUGUAUAGGGGGAGGGGGUUAUUACCUGUGGGCAGGUGGCAGUGUCACUAAUUGUACAGAGAGUGUCAGGGGGUAUUGCGGGGCAGGUGGCAGUCACUACCUGUACAGAGAGUGUCAGGUGGGGAGGGGUGCUGUCAGGCCAGAAAACAUACCGGGUAACUGUACAAAAUAAGACGUGUAAUUCAGUCCCUGAAAGAUCAUAUUGGGGCAUUGAAUUUCUCCGGGCCUUUUAUUUAUUUAUUUUUGUUCUCAGAUCUUAAAGUACUAUCGAAGCGUGUCCAUCUGGGUCCCCUAUCUGUAACUCCUUAUGAACUCACCUGCAGAACAGGUGCUCUGUACAAACCUUGCAGUAUGUCGAAGGGCAAUGCAUUGUUGACCGUCUGAGAUCUGACUUUUUUGAUCUAUUUUUAAAAUAUUGUCUGCAUCCUGUAUGGGUUGAAACUGGGAGCGGUUUGAAAAUAUUUUGUUUCAAACUGAGAAGUUACUACUUGUCAUUUAAAAACCAGCGUGGAUGUUGAAGAUUCAGAGUAAAUUUGUGCCUCGCAUGCUUUGCGUUCACCAUAUCGGUUGCCGGGUUUUGGGUCUCGAUACGGUAGUAAGUCCUGGGGUCUUUUUUUAUUUAAAUUGUUUUUUUUUUUUGUUUUGUUUUUUUUUAUCUAUUCUGACUGGGCAGUAUUUCAAACCUUGUCUAGACUUGCUAACUUUUUAACUAGUGACUGUAGUGUGUACUGUGCUGGCUAGAACAUUUAGUAUUUGACACUCCUUGGACCAUAAUGCCACUACAACAAAUUUCUUUAUUUUUUUAGUAAAUCCGUGGCACCCUGACUCUUCCCUCCACAGGUACUCUGCAAUUUUUCGGCAGUGCAGACUGUGCGUGUACCCUCGCAGUACGUACAGCAUUCUGGGAGUUAUUUUGCAUUGACUGCUCUGGCUGUGCCGGGAUAGCCGGAUGUACAGAGUAAACUAAACAUUGAAAAUCUCGCAGAAUUGUUUACAUUUUUUUUUUCCUCUCACAUUCUGUAGCAAACAUUAGUUCUCUACUCAGUUGUACAAAAAAGCUUAAACUUUUUGGAACUCUUAUCUCGAUGGGUUUUAAUGAAUGUAAGAUAUUAAAGACUCAAUAGAAUAACGACACACAUUCCGAAUAUAAACUAAAACCAUUUGAUGUUAAUGUGCCCCAUUCUUUCUAUUUCAUUGCAGUAUGGAAGAUCACAUAUUGGUUUAUCAUGUGCCUUUCCCAGUUGAGAAUCUGACAAUUAACAGAUGAUAUCGGCUUCUUAGUAGUUUUAUAACGGCCUCUUCCUACAAGAUAAAACUACUAAUGCGAUAACUAUAAUCUAUAGAUAGUGUCUGCUGAAUCUUCCUGCAGCUGCUACCAAGGAAUACAUAGUAUUCUCUUAUUUGUUACCAGUAAACUGACAGUUUUCUGCGAUGAUUGGGCGUGUGACGUCAGAAUGAGGUGUUACCCUGGCUGACACUUGUGGUUCAACGAAAGCAAACUGGCCUGCGCAUGCUCACUGUCGGAAAACACACAGGCCCACACCUCGGUCAAAAUAGAUUCAAGUGACUGGCCGUGCUGACUAGCCGCAGAAGGCCGUUGACUAGAAACGGCUGGUAUUGCCAAGUCCAGAGUCAAUGUUUAAACUAGACAUUGUAAGAAAUUUCAGGUUUAAGGGGAAAAUGUUCCCCAACUGAGCCAUGUUUUCAGUUCACCAAUUUUGGCCUAAAACCUGCAAUGCCUUCCCCAUGCCAGCGAGUAAAACCCUUCUUAUCGGAUCUCAUUUAAAGCUAGACUAGCCGGAGACUGGGAGCUCACCCGGCAUUAGACUGUGUUCUGCAGCUGGUCCCGCGUAGUUCGUUUGGCUAAAUACUUGUGAAUGACAUGAUUUAUUCCGGUUUAUAUCUGCUUUAUAAAAGCUUCCUAGUUAAGGGUUUCUCUCCCGACUGGAUUUGGAUUUUGUGUUUAAAUUACGGCUGUGUGAAUAAUCAUUUGGUUUGUGUCACUGAUUCUUCUGGAUUAGAGCACUUUGUGUGUGAAACGUUUUGUGAAAUAAACGAAUGAAUGAAAACACUGCGCAAUCUCAGUAGCCUCAACAAGUAUAAUGUGCGUUCAGCGCCAGGUCGAUCGUGUAAUAUACUGUCCCCGUUUAUCGCUAAUUCAUUGAUAUUCUAGAAGAAUUCAUUGAGUUUCUAGAAGAAUUGUUGAAACCUGCCUCUGGGAGGUAAAAGGGUCUUCACAAAUUAGUUCCGAAGUGUCACAAUUGGGUCUAACCGGAUAUUUCUAGCUCACUAGAGCUUGAUCCAGGAAGUCAGGGAUGGCCAGGAGGUAAAUGCACAGCUAAUAUGCUACAGCUCCCAUGAUGCUUUAUUGCCCUUUAAGGGAAGUUCUAAAAACAAAAAACAAAAAAAACCUUUUUAUUUUCCCCAGCUCUGAAGUAAAACACCCAUCUUGUUAGUGUACCUCACCUGGAAUUCUAUGGAGCCCUGCUUGGAUAUAGAAACUAUUUCUGUGCUGAAUAGCACUUGAUGGAUUGGUGAUAUGACCUCUGUAAAGUUAAAGAACCUAUAAAUCGCUGCUCAGUGCUUGCAUCGGGUGUUCUUUCUUAGUCCUGAUUAUAAAGCGUAUCGGCUGUGCUGGCGUGGGAACUGAUUGGCCGAUUGCUUUUUGCACGCACCGACGAUUGUUUGAACCUAUCGCUAAGCAGGGCAAAGAGUCAAAUAUGAAAAUUCAAUACUGUAUUCCAGGUAUAUUCCAGCAAUCUGUCCGGCACAAUCUAUAGAUUGCAUUUCGUUACGUUCAGCUGACGCUGCUGCCCAAAUAUUUGUGGAUGAUAAGUCCCCUUUAAUGCCCUUGCCUUUGAUUUACCCUCUAGCGGCUAAUUGACUUGUUCCUCCUGUCAGCUGCAGAGCGUUUCAUAGAAAUGACUCCAUGGUUAAUUCCACAGUUGAUACAAUGCUUGGACUUUCUUCUUGUAAAGGGACAUUAAGAGUGUAUUAAUGCAUCAAAAAUAUAUCUACUCGAGAACCCAGUUCACUUGUCGGAUUUGACUCCUAAUGUCAUUGUGAGAGUCUGUCCUGGGGCUUGUAAAGGUCAUAGUUCAUUCUUGGAACUCUGUAUACCUGUAGGGUACAAUGUUUUACAUUCGGCGUGAGACUGUUGCCAACACUGCUGUUUGCCAUCCUGGUAAUGAGAUAUAUAUUUUUUUAUUAUACAGGUGUGUAUGUAUAACCAUUAGUGGGCAUUAUAUCUCCGCUUGGGAAUGUAGUAAACUGGUCAGGUUAGCAAACUGUUAACAUGGACAUUAAAGUAAAUCCACAGCUUGUUUUGUGUGAGUAGUUGUGUUUGCUCCUUUGACUAAAUAUUAUGUUUUGUGUGUUAUGGUACAUUUCUAAGUGGUGUGGUGUUUGUGCGUUCACUGUGCGCACUGUCAUAUACAAAGCAUUGAGUGAAUGUUGUGGGAUGCUGUGGUUUUGGUUCAAUACAGGCGAGUUCAGUAAAGUUUGACCUCACAAAAUGCAUACACGGCAGUACCCCAAUAUGAGCUGAUUUUUCUACAUGUCGGUGUUUGGAGUUAUAAGGAAAACAAACCAACUAAAUAUUACUGUUUGGGAUAAGCCCUGGUAGUAACUCAAUGCUUGAGUAUAACUGGGAGAGCAAAUCGAGUACUGCGACACAAUAUUAGCCAUGUUUUACUAUGUCAGAAAAUGCAGAUACUUUGUAACCGUAGUUUCUUGCAUUGAAUGUUCAGCGUAACUCUGCAGACUAGUUGCUGGGGCGUUACUACCUGUGGCGCUUUGUGGAUUACGUGCAGAUCUUGUACCCCUUGCUGUAGAUCAGAGCCCGGAUUGUUUUAGGUUAGAGAGCAUCUUGGGAAACGUACUUCAUGGACUCACGAAGUGUAGACAUCGGUGACCGCUGUGAACCUGGGAGAUUUUGAGUGGUCAAGCCAUUUGCUAGCAUUAAACUAACCGGGAUGAUUUCUCAACUUCUUGUGUUUUUAUUUUAUGUGUUGGUUUAUUUUAAAAAAUAUUUUUAUUUUCCCAAUGAACCUCAUACAAAUGUCGAUGGAUAAUUGGUUUGAGUAGGCGAUAACGAUAAAAGCAAUGGACCCCCCAGUUCUGUAGAUUUGGAAGCAGCCCGGUUGCCCAUCCCCCAUUACAUUAUUCCUAUAGUAGUUGUUGCCAUCACUUCCGUAAUCUAACACAAACAGCUUCUUCCCCGGGGCAUCUGUCACCAUCGCCCUAAACAAGGCUACUGUCUGCUUCCCAGAACCAAUUCAUCCCUUUCACAGAGCUGUCUCCUUUACAAAGCUUAAUCUCGUUCUCCACCCUGCGGCAGCCUACGCCUGCUGAAGAGGCUAGAUUGGGUGUGAGCGGAGUUUGGCUGGAUCUGUCCGAGUUUGGAACUAACAGGUGAAGCAAUGCAAUGCACAUCAUCCAGGAGAACUGGAUAUAGAACUCCAGGAUUAACUCCCCUUCAGGAGACGCUGGCAGGUUCUUGUAUCUGACAUAUUAUUGUUUAGUUAUUGGUAACCUAACUCCUAUCUCUCGUGGGUCUAUGUAUUGACUUGUGUGAUCACGCAGCAUGUCUGGUUUUUAUUCCUAAUGCAAUAAACCUAUAUUCCGGAUGCUAUAGUGCUCUGAUCCAUACUUGGAUUCCGAGGUCCUCCUGAAUUACAUUUUUAAAAAGGUUCCUUUUAUUCCACUGCAUGUGCGGUGUGUUCAUCCAAUCAAAUCCUUCUGCUUCCCUUGAUCAGCGUGUCUGUAUCUGUUAUUAUUGUGAACAUUGAUCAGAACACUCAGUCUAUAUUAACGUAAACUCUAUUGCACAGUGUCUGUAUCUAUAUUAACGUAAUGUAAAUCCUAAUGCUGUGUGUAGGUGUAUUAUUAAUUAAAUCGUAUUGCGCAGUCUGUGUCGGACCUGUUGAUUCCAUUCAUUGGAUGAAUUGCCAUUAAUAAUAGUAUGGCAAUGGUUCCUGGGAUACUGGGCUCUUUCCAGAUGUUUGUGUGUGAACUCAAUGGGGUCCUGCAAAUUACUGCCACACUGUCUGCGUAAUGCCGCAUUCUCCAUAAACAGACUAUUUGUAGGAUUUAUAUUCCGCCAUUUUAUAAAGCGGGGCUGUUUUUUCUCGUCUUGGUCUCCACUUGUUUUAAAUCAUAAUUUUUGUGGCCUUUUCCCCGAGGAUGUAGCCUCUUAUUUUCAGGCAAGUCACUGGAGUGGAUAUUGUGUUUAUCGUACCAAUCUUCCUAAAUUCUUCCUUUUCUCUUUUCCCAUGAAGCUGGUAUGGUGGUGAAGUCCACUUAAUUAUGCCAAUUUAAUGUGAUGGUUUUAUUUUUAUAAAUUUCUUUUAAUAUGUGCGGUAGAUGUCUACCUUGAUGUUUAUUCAAAAUACCACAGAUGAUUCUGCUUUUACUGCUUUGUUACUUUGUUACAUAAUGUUUCUCUUCUCAAUAAAAACCUAUUUAUAAAAAAUGGCGAGUGCUGGUUUACCAUCAUGAUCCCUGCAGUGAUUAAGUGUACGGGUCACACAACGCAGGCGCUUUGGUGGCUGUUAUAGUGGUUAGCGAGGCUCUUCGUUUGAGAGAUCUUGGAUCAAGACUUUGCAGUUAAUGGGUUAAACCAGGUUCUGCUCUGGCUAUUGGUGCUAAUUUUGCUGAGAGGUAGAUGUUUGGAUUCCUGCGUAAUGCAUUGCUCAGGGCCACCAUGUUUUAUUGCAUCCUUGCCGUGUGUGUGCCAUAUUCAUUCCUGUUUAAAAGGCAGUACCCUGUACCCCAGGGCAAUUCAGAAAUGGGCUAACAUUACAAAUGUACAUGUGUCUGUUGUAACUAAUCACCACCUCACCUUCAUCCGCUAAAUGCAAGGGGGGAAAUGCAUAUUCCAAAUCCACUGCACAAUGUCUAAAUAAAAAUAAAUUUUUGCUGCAUAUUCCGCAGUGCGGUACCAUGGCCAGAUGCUGGUUUUUGUAAUGUUCUGUCCCUUUUGUUGUAGGUUGUGAUCCGUUCGGACGAUGGAGGCUGUAAUCUCACAAUGGGUGCAGAAAUACCACAAUUUCAUGAAGGGAGCAGGUGAGACCCCUAAUAAACAAUUCUCUGCUUCUUUCUCAUUGUCUUUUUCUACAAGCCUCAUAGCCCCCAGCUUCUGUUAAACUGCUCUUCCCAUUAUGCCAAACCUGCCAUAGCUUGACCGUGGAUCAUAGGACUGAUAGUCUGCCAAUAGCUGGAACAGUAGAUCUUGCAGCCUUAUGGCGAGGAAGCGGUUUUAUUUUGCAUGUUUUUAUCUCUCCAUUGCUUUGUUAUGAUUGCGUUGAUCAUGCUGUAGAAAUGGAUGAUAAAAUUAUGCAAAUAAAGACACCCUAUCCACAUCUUCCCAGCUGGCUUGUUAUUUUAUCUUUACAUCCUCCACCUGUCCUUUCAGACCGUUUAUGGGCUAGGUAUAUAACAAUCAUUCUAGUAAAGAUUCACUGUGUGGUACAUGCACCCAUCCCAGUGAACACACGGAGCGCUAUAUAUAGAUAUAUAUAUAUAUAUAUAUAUAUAUAUAUAUAUAUAUAUAUAUAUAUAUAUAUAUUACACUCACAUGUAGGUGAGCCACAUAGGACCGGCUCAGAUCACUUAAAGGGACUCUCCAGUGCCAGGAAAACGGCACUGCAGAACUCUGCAGUGCCCUUCUCCUUCCCACCCUACCAUCCCAUGUUGUUAAAGGGUUUAAAACCCCUUCAGUGACUUGACUUAGUCCAGUGCCGAUGUCCCUCAGCGCUGGAUCAGGCUCCGUCUACUCUCCUCCCCCGCCGACGGGGGAGACCUAAUGCGCAUGCCCAGCAAUAACUGCGUACACGCAUUAGACCUCCCCAUAGGAAAGCAUUAUUUAAUGCUUUCCUAUGGGGAUUUUGGCAACGCUGGAGGUCCUCACAUAGCGUGAGGACAUCCAGCGUCGUUUAAAACACUUUUCGUGUUCUGAUAGACAGCCACUAGAGGAGGACUUAACCCUGCAAGGUAAUUAUUGCAGUUUAUAAAAACUGAAAUAAUUACACUUACAGGGUUAAGGGUGUGGGAGUUGGCACCCAGACCACUCCAAUGGGCAGAAGUGGUCUGGGUGCCUGGAGUGUCCCUUUAAGUGGUUGUGUACUAUGGUGACACUGUCCCUCUUCCUCUGAGUCUUUGAUGCGCUUGUGAUACACAAAACAUUAGAGGAUCUAGAAGUCCAAAAUGUAGGAAAGUGCAUAUAUGUGGAUGCAGUUUCCUUACCUUAUUCAGAGCCCAUAAACUCUGAGUUAGCAGACUUGUGUGUCUGUAAUGGGGACACAUACACUCUUCUUUGUAACAGGAACAAGGCAGUGCAGUCUCCAAGUAGGAUAAAAAAUGUCUAGAUUAGGUGGUAACAGCUCGUCAUUAUUUUAAUAAUACUGUAUCAAUUGUUUAAGUGUCUAAUACACUACUUAUUACUUUUUGGUAUGUAACAAUCAUUGCGCAUGGCUAAUAGUCUCUCUCAUUCAAUGCCAAUUCCCCAUUACUGUCACUCAAACAGAAUGACCACUCACAGAUUGUCCAUGACACAGCCAUGCAUAAAACGUAAGAAAAAAAAAUAUAGAUACUGGCGCUCAAAGUAUAUAGAUUCAAUGAGUAGUAAUAAACGUAUAUAAAUAGUAGCUGCUAUAACACCAAAGUGUUACACCAAUCCCAAUAACACAAAAACACAAAGUGUAGCGCUAUAUACAGAAUAAAGAAUUAUUACAGACCAAAGGGGUAUUCCCACCAGUACUGAUAUUUGUUUUUGCAUAAAACUUAAUUUAGAGACUGUUUGUUUUUAGCUGAUAUUUCUGUUCUGUUGGAUAAAACCCUUUACGUAUUGAGAAUGCACUUGGCUUUGACAAUGUGCCGAUGCAUGUGCAUCAGCCGUGUCUGGAGAGGUAGUGACAAUCAUUGAAUACGCAGGUCAUUUAAUCCAUAGUUUCCCAAUUUCAUGUUGUUCAUACAGUGUAUCUAUCCCUACUACAAUCCAUACGUAACUGCUUUUUCUUCCCCUCUCCCAGACGAGCGGAUCUAUCAUUACCCUUUGAUGCAGUCGCCAUUCCUCCCUGCAGCCAUCCUCCUGAGUUAUGUCUACUUUGUACUGUCUCUUGGGCCACGGAUCAUGGCAAAUCGGAAGCCAUUUGACCUUAAGCCAUUAAUGGUUGUUUAUAACUUUGCUCUCGUGGGUCUUUCGGCAUUUAUUGUUUAUGAGGUGAGUUGACGUUUUAGGGGCUCUAAUUUCUCAUGAAUACACCGUAUAUGUGAUAAUGUAUCAGCAGGACACAGGGGUUUAUUCCCUAAACUCCAACUUUCUAUCCUUGGAGUUGUACAUUUUUCCAGAAUUCGGGCUGCUACCCCCCUCCCUUACACUAAGGCAGUGAUGGUUUGGGUACUUUAUCUGUGUCAAAGUUCUGAUUUUAAAGGCAAAGGGUAAUUUAAUAAUGGCACCUUAUUUAAACAUUAGUCUUCAAAAUGCUAAAAUUGUUCCAAAACUGUUUUGGAUUGAUACAGAAGUUAUCUUUUAAAUUGUGACUCAUUGAAUGAUCUGAUAGUAGUUACUUUUAUCAAUGCCAGUAACUUGCUUUAAAUGUCACCUGUGGUCCAUUCACCCAACAUAUUCUAGAAUACCCUCUGCCUCUUGGGUCAUUGAACCCUCUGGAAAAAGUCUGCAGAAGUCAAGCUAUAAACUGUGAUCAGGCUGUUGGUAUACUGUGUAAAAUCUAACUCACUGGAAGGGAACCUCGUCACAUUCUUGUGGUUGGCAAGUCCACAUAACCCUUUAACAUAAAACUGUUCUCCACAACUGUGACAAGUUCACUUUCAGGCAGGUGUCGAUACGAGCGUAGAGACUGAAAGAUACUUAAUGGAACCUUAGAUGCGGUUCCAUAGUCUAUCAGUAUAGCACAGGAGGGUUGGAAUACCCCCAAAAAACUUUCCAUCUAAACAUUUUUCAAACCUACUAAACGUGUCGUGAUACAAUGUAACGGAGUUCCAGGUAACUUAUCGCUGCUUGAUUUGUGGUGGGAUUUUUCUGUUUUGCAAGUGAUGUAAUGUGGCUGAUAAACUUUAAAGAAGAUGAUUACAUUGCGCCACGCCUCCCGUAAGCACUUUAAGGUUGUGGUGAGACGUCCAUAUACGUGGACACUUAACACGAGAAAUAAUUCCAGGAAAUGUUAAUGAUCUAUUUCUAGUGAGUUUUCAGUGACCUAUAAAUGUGUGUCUGAAUGCUAACACAGGAUAAUGCUUAAUCUUUGUCUUUGGUUUAGUUCCUCAUGUCGGGCUGGCUAACUGGCUACACUUGGCGUUGUGACCCUGUGGAUGUGUCUGAUAGCCCGAUGGCUCUUCGGGUGAGUGACCGUAACAUGGGGCAGGUCUUGGUAAUAGAUACAUCAUUCUAUUAAUGUGUAAUGCAAUGACUCAUUGAUAUUAAGAAAUCCAUAUUAGUGGAAUACUAACUCUACACCCCUCCUUCAGUCAUACCACCUGCCGUCACCUUCCACAUGACACCUGCUGGACUUUGCACAAUAAACACGGUAGCGAUAAGGCUUGCUCUUAUCUUCCUAUAUUUCCUUUCUUCCAUUACCUGUCAUAGCAAUUUGUACCCUGACUCUGCUUGCCCUAUCUAUUUCUCCUUUAUCCCAGCCAUUGAUUUUUAUGGUUUCUUCGUUAAUAAAACCAUAAAUAAGAUACUGCUUUCCUGGUCUAGCAAGGUGGAUGAGUGUUUAUAUGUGUAUGUAGAAUUACACACCAACCCAAUUGUCUCUCAGUGGGACCCACUUUAUUUAUUUUAAUGAUCCUAGAGUCUAUUCCAGGUGUGUUACAAAUCAAAUCUUAACAAUAAAAUGUAGGUUUAAAAUGGCCAAGCUGUGAUUGCAGCUGAUCUGAAGAUUGCCUAUUUUGGUCUGAAUUUUACAAAUCCUAUUCAUAAUUGCUACAGUUCCGUUUUUAGCAUGUAACCCUGUUUGUGUAUCACAGAGCUCCACAGCAAUAAAACUCCAUACCCUGUCUCAAAACUAUAAAAACGCUUACAAUUGUGCAACGUUUAAGAGUUGGUUCUCGUUCAAAAUAAACCAGCAAGUCGUGAAGUUGCAUGAAGCACCACUCAGCAUUCCCUUUUUGGCUUUUUGAGAUUUGUCAUGACAUGGGUCAGAGGGUGAACAGUGGAGGAGAAGAUGGAUAAGAUUGAGUGAUGAGACAGAGCUCGCCAUAGUCCUCACAGCCUCCAUUAGUUGAAAGACAUUAAAUAAAAGCUUUACUCCCUCCAGCUCACACCAAUUUCUGCCCUUCCCAGAUAGCCACACAAUGGAGGGAGCUUGCCCGCCCUUUGAGCCCUGUUUUGUGGUAAUAGGAUUCUGAUCCGAGAAUAACCCAUUUCUCUCUCUCUCUCAUUGGCAGAUGGUACGAGUAGCUUGGCUUUUCCUCUUUUCAAAGUUCAUUGAACUCCUGGACACGGUGAGUUUGGCUCUUAUAGGAGGACGGAUAUUUGCAAGUCAAAUGAUGGCGGAGUUGGUAGAAGCUUCUCUGUAAAAAUAAUAUUCCAGAAAUUGGACCCAUUUAAAGUAGGGCUUGACAGCGUGUUUCUACAUUGUCAAACCUCUACUCCCACUAUUCUCAGCCAGUGUCUGACAGGGGUUACUGAAAUUGUGGUUAUGUUGGGUGCAUAUUGUAGAAAUGGUCAGACGCUUUAAAUUAUUACAGAUUAAUUAUUCUACUCUCUGUACCCCUGCAGCUUCAGGCAGGACCUCCUGUGGUGGUUACAGGGCACCUUUGGGCUAUGUCUUAGAGCUAACGAUUAGUCAUCGUAAACUACAGUAAACUGCCCUCCAGCUUAUGGCUGGAUAAGCAGCAUAGGAGUUGCAGUUCAGCUGGUGAGAUGUGUUUGACAUGUUGAUGCCCUAUACACAGGCCGACAUGGCUGUAUAGAAGACUACUGGAUGGGUUUCUUGGUAAUAGCAUAUCGUGUCUGUUAACUAACUGCACACUUUAUUAUGAGAAUUGGUGAUGUUUUAAUGGGAGAUAAUACUAAACAAAUUAACCAGAACACACACUUUAGUUACCAGUGAAGUCGCCACUUAGUCCAAAAGAUGAGUGACUCUAGUGAUUAGGGGCCACUAAAACGCGUUGUAAUACUACGGUGUAGAGGUUAUGGUAGUGUGUAAUUGGUGUGCAGCUGCAGAGCUUAUUUACGGCAGCCACUGGUCUCUAUUGUAUUCAAAAAUGAGAAAUAGUGGAGAACAUAGGCCUAAACUGGGAAUCGAAGUGUAGAAGCCCAAGCCCAAGCCACCGGAAUGUAAGGCAGAGGUAAUGUUUCCAUUCUUGGGGCUAGUUUCACAGUUCGGUGUUUGUGAGAUUUCUGUUUAAUGUCUUUAGUCUUUGGGUUUAUUUGGGUUGUGGUGUGUGGGUUUUUUUGUUUUGUGUUUUUGUUUUCUUUUGGUAAUUUUUUUUUGUUUUGUUUUGUUUUUGUUUUUUUUGUUUUUAUUAAAAAAAAAAACAAAAAAAACUUUUUUUUACACUUUUUUGUGUGUGUGUGUGUGUGUGUGUGUGUGUGUGUGUGUGUCAGUCACCUGGGUGGCACUGACCCCGAUAUUUAGAUUAGCCCUACUGGACAAAUAAUGGGUCCAUGGCUUCCAAGUAAGGAUAUUAUCAUGGAAAUUAUGGGAGUAAGCAGUGAGUUCCUCCACUUUGUGUCCAUCCUGUUUAAAGUGGGGGUAUGAGGGGAUCUCCAGUGCAAGGGGAUGAGGGAAUUAGCUGCAAGCAGUAGCAGUGGCAAGCAGGAAUUUUUAUUUAUUUUUUACAUUAAUUCAGGGAUAUUUCUGUGUGUAAGGGUAAAACUUCUUCAGGGUUAGCGGCAAACUGAAAACCCAAGCUCGUACGUAUUAAGGGAAGUAUAUCACCCCAGGAUUUCCAAAUUGGGGGACAGAACCACCAUAUGUGAGUUAUUGUACCCUUAUCCACCCACACCUCCAACAGCUCUUUGGGAGAGAAAGAUACCCCCUAUGUAGCUUAUAUAGGGUGUGGUACCAACUAGUCAGUAACUUCCAGCUGACCUCAAAGAGCCUGGAGCUCGUAGCCAGAGAGUAUAUGAUUUGGGAAAACCUUUUUUCAACUGGUGUAUCAUGAAGGAGAGAUUUAGUGUAAGAUGAUGGGAGAGGUUUGUACAAAAGGGUCUGUAUCGUUUUUUUAUUUUUUUUAUGUUUCUGAUGGGAGUCGUUUGUGGAGGGUUUGAGAAAUGCGGACUUGUUAAUAUUCAGUCAGUUGGCGUGGCCCUGAGAGUAAAUUUGGUAAAGAGAGUAGAUAAUAUAGAAGUUGAUGAUGUCUAAAUCUGUCUGUGAAUGUAGGUAUUCUCUCGUAAAGGCAUUUUGACAAUGUAGGUAAAGAGUCUCUGAUGCAGACGAUUCAUACAUUUGGAGAACACGGAAGCAAGAGGACAGCCAAGCACCUAGGUCUUUGGAUAAUGAUGGGCUUGGGGUGAGAGAUGUUAAAGGGGAACAAGGUGGGGAGAGACCAUGAUCAAUGUUGUAGUUGUGCCAGACAGCAAGGGUUGGUUGUAUAGUAGGGUGUUGGCGUGGACAUAUUAAAUGGCUUUCGGCUACCUUCCAAGGUAAGGUAUCUAUUGGUACAGUCAUGAAACAAGCCUCGACUCGCUUACAGGGUUUUUGAAAGUCUGUAAAUGUCCAAUCCCGUAACAUUGCUAAUGCAUUGGCAAUGGAAAACUUGGGUACAUUGGGGUAUCCUAGCCCCCCUCUGUUUUGCAACCUCCACAAGUCUGAGUCUGGUUUGUUUGUUUUUUUGUUUUGUUUUUCAUCCAGACGUACUCUAAGCAAGCGGUAUUAACUGCUCAGAAAAAGGUAGUGGGUAUGUGAAUUGGAAGUGCUUAAUCCAGUACAGGAGUCUAGGAAGUAUGUCCAUUUUUAUGACCUUAAAGGGACACUGUAGGCACCCAGACCACUUCAGCUCAUUAAAGUGGUCUGGGUGCCAACUCCCAUCUACCAUACAUCCACUAGAGGGACUUCUGGCUUCUUGGACAACUUUUGGUCAUCUAAACUGCGCUGGAUGUCCUCACACUAUGCAUGAGGACCUCCAGUGUAGCCAGAAUCCCCAUAGGAAAGAAUUGAAUAAUGUUUUCUUAUAGGGAGAUCCUAAAGCGAGUGCAUGGGCAGAGCUUGAGCCAGUGCCAAGGGACCCAGGUAAGUGACUGAAGGAGUUAUUAACCCCUUCAGUGCCGCAGGAGAGUACCUUGACGAAAGGGAAGCUAUAGUGCCAGGAAAACGUUUGUUUUUGUUUCCCUUUAAGUCUCAAUCUAAGAUAUUGAAGGUGUAUUCCAUUUUUUUUUAAAUCUGAUUUUAUGGUUUGCAACAAGGGCGGGAAGUUCAAGGAGAGGUCAGUCACUGUCGGUGUCAGCUUAACAUCCAAAUGCGUAAGGGAAGUCCAUGACUUUUCCAUGAAGGGGAAGUUGCAUUUAAUGUCUCUGGCUGUCUGCACUGGUAAUCCCACCACUAGUUAUUCUGAUUUGUCAUAGUUAAUUGAAAACCGGGAGAGAGAGAGCUAUAAUGUUGCAUUUCUCCAAUAAGGGCCGGUGGGGACUGUAAAGGGUUGGUUACGGAGAAUAAUAAAUCAUCCACACACACUGAGAUCUUAGAAUCUGUAGCGUCAGCCAGUGAUAAGUGAAUUGGCUCUAACAACAUUCAGAAGGGGUUCUACAGUCAGUGCGAAAAGGAGUGGGGAUAAUGGGCACCCUUGGAGGGUUUCGUUCCUUAGACGUACUAAUUCUGAGAGCAGCCCAUUAAUUCCAAUACAAGCUGUUGGUUGAGAAUACGUCUCAAUCCAUCCCCUCCAGCAUGUGCCAAAUCCCAGCCUUCGCAGGACCUCCCCUAGGAAGAGCCAGUACACCUGAUCAAAUGCCUUCUCUGCAUUGGUUGAUUUAAAAAAAAGUGAGGGAGUUUUCUGCAUGGUAGCCCUAUAUAUUAGGUUGAUCACUUUGGUUGUGUUUUUAUUUAUUUUUUUAAUUUAUUUUAAUUUUCCUUCAUUUUUUCAAGGUUUUCUUUGUUUUGAGAAAGAAGAACGGUCAGAUCACAUUCCUGCACAUCUUCCAUCAUUCUGUUCUACCCUGGAGCUGGUGGUGGGGAGUCAAAUUUGGUCCAGGUGAGGUGACCUUGUUAAUUAGGCUGUAGGCUUAUGUUCGUGUGUUAAUGUGAUGGUGAUUUGUCUAUAUAGAAAAAUGGUCAUCUGGACAAACUUUAUUUUUCUCUUCCUUACAGGUGGCAUGGGGUCCUUCCACGCCAUGAUUAAUUCUCUUGUUCACGUCAUCAUGUACUUCUACUACGGAUUGUCUGCUGCAGGUCCACGGUUCCAGAAGUAUCUUUGGUGGAAGAAGCACAUGACUGCCAUCCAACUGGUAAGAGACAGCCGACUUGUCCAGCAAAGCUGGGCUAAGGAUACCUUGAAAGGCAUCCAUGUACACACGCAUAACCAAAUCCAUGUCAUAGUUGUUUUUCCCGCUUCCAUAUUCCUCCUCCGAUGUCAUUCCUUCUGCUUUGUCUCCCAGAUUCAGUUCGUGCUGGUCUCCAUUCACAUUUCCCAGUAUUACUUCAUGGCCAGUUGUGGCUAUCAGUUCCCCAUCUUCAUUCACCUCAUCUGGAUCUACGGCACAGUCUUCUUCAUCCUGUUUUCCAAUUUCUGGUACCAGGCAUACACAAAAGGAAGACGUUUGCCCAAGAGUAGCACAACAGCCAAUGGAGCCCUCCACCAGAAUGGUGUGGCCAAGAAUGGUAAAACCAAACAAAACUAGAUCCAACAAAGACUCUAACGUGCAGUGUACCAAAACAUGCGCACAUGCAUAGCAGGUGCAAAAAGGGUUAAGAACAUCACAUCUCUUUUCUAAAACCCAGAGAAACCAAGCUGGUUGGUUGAUACAAGCUGCUCAACUGGUUUCCAAAUGCAUCUGGGGCUUACACCAGCCAAAUUAAGUGCCUAAAGACUUAAUUCAGACCCCAAAUGUCUGAACCCCAGCCACCCUGUGUUCCUCUUGCAGCUAUAUUUACCCAUCCUACUACAUCAAACCACUCCUGGGUAUGUGAAGAACCCACCUCACAUAAAUGGUUGUUUUGGGUUUUUUUUGGUCCUACUCGGUCCCAUCACAGUAAUAGAGAACUCAGAUUCUGAUUGCAUCACAUUCCAGUAUACCUCCCUUUUACCAGGAGAACUGCCUGGGUCCAAUUCCUCAUUAACUCCAGUCUGUCCUUUUCUUCGGUUUUUGCACUGGGAAUUUUCUGGUCAUUGGGAGAUCUGUCAAUGAGUUGUAACAGCUACAGGAAUUCUGAAAUACUUGAAUACAGAAUGUGUGCUUCUCUACAUAUUGCUACUGGUUGGCUUUCAUUGAGGUUGUCUGUUUAUUGCCACUUAUGUCAUGGUGAUAAACCUUAAUGUACACUCCCCUGCCAUCAUUGUCCCAUCCAUAUUAAUUUCUGCCUCCCGUGUCACCCGUUUUAACAUACUGUAGAGCUUGCAGAUCUGAUGGCCAGCCCACAACAAAUUACUGUUUGAUGUAUCCGUGGCGGCACACAGGCAAGUUAACAUCAGAAUACCAAGUGAAUUGUGCUAUUCCUUGCCUGUAUAAGACCCUGUAUAAGACACUUUUUAUUGUAUUUUGAAAUGUGAUGCUGAGACGUGUGACUGCUGGGGCUGGAGAUGUAGACCAUGGAUUGGACAGUGCUGCGUAGAACCCGGAACUCCUUGUAUCUAGACCCUGCAAGUCUGCCAGAAUCUAUUUAUCAAUUUUGUGUUCUUUUGUGCUAAUAAAAGAAGAUUAUUUCUUGUUGGACAUCUGGAAGGUAGUCCUUAGCCAAAAUCCCUUUUUAGGGGCCCAGCUUGGCCUGGAUGGGUUGUAUAAUGUAUAUUUAAACUAUCGGACAAUGAUCUCACUCUGACACUGUAGUUGCAUUUUUAGAGUUAUCCCAGAUUUGCCAGCCUUUGGCUGUUUAGAGUGUACCCUCAUUAUUAGGCCUCUGGCUGAUUAUGAGAUUAUAGUCUAACAGCGACUCACCGUUAAAUUCUAUCCAAAGAAAUUGAUAGGCCAUGUGCCUGCUUGAAAUUGUUAGGAUUCUUCACUAAAUGGUGUUUGGACUGUGUGUGUUUUGGGAUUUAUUUUUUUUCCUACUCUAAAGUCGACUUUCUCCAAAUCUCCAUUUCGUAAAUACCCCCUUAGUGUUCACGGCCAAGCUGCCUGUCCUAUGAUAAACAGCCACAUUUUGUCCUAAGCAACUACAUUUUCUUUGUGUUUGUAAAUAACCAUUAACUUAUGUUAAUUUUUACUUUUAAUUCAAGUACAGUGUAUUUAAGACCUGAAAUCUGAUGUUGAUGUGCGUGACCUGAUCUCCGCAGUUUAAAUACUAGUGAUGAACUUCUGUGUAAUAAGCUCAUGAAGAAAGUUCACCAUACUGUGCACUAUUAAAGAGGUGCUUUAUCUUUAAAAACAAAAAAAUCCCCUCUGGGUUAAUUGGAGCAGAGGAAAAUCACACAAUGUGCCUUAAUGUACUGUCUUAUUUCAUUUCUAAACUGUAUCCCAAGUCACCUUGUACUGUUAUUAAAGCUUCUUCCACCCUCGCCGCCUUUCCAUUUUACUGAAGUAAUGCUCAUUAUGUCGAUGGCUCGUGUCACAGCGUGAGGGGCGGAGGCACCCCAGAACUCUGCUGUACUGUACAGCUUACAGAUUUAAAGAUCCAGCUUUCACUAAACAUCCAUAAAUGCAUGAAUCUGGAUUUCUCUAAACAUUCUAUAAACUUGGUUUGAGAUACAUUAUAAAAGCUAAAAAUACUGUGUAGUGCAGAUGGUGCAUAAAGUGGAACACAAUAUGUGAU